AUGUCCGCCGAAAUGGCAAACGAGAUCAAGUUGAUCAGCGGCCGCAGCCACCCCGAGCUGAGCGACAAGAUCGCCAAGCGACUCGGUAUUGAGGUCGCCCGGACCGUUUCUCUCAACUACUCCAACCAAGAAACUUCCUUCACAGUCGGCGAGUCGGUCCGCGACGAGGAUGUCUUCAUUGUGCAGUCCACCACCACGGGCGACGUUAACGAAGGGUUGAUGGAGCUGUUGAUCAUGAUCUCGGCAUGCCGAACUGCUAGUGCCAGGAGGAUAACGGCCGUCAUCCCAAACUUUCCUUAUGCCCGGCAAGAUAAGAAGGACAAGUCCAGAGCACCCAUCAGCGCUCGGUUGGUCGCGAACAUGCUGCAGACGGCCGGUGCUAACCACAUCAUAACCGUGGACCUGCAUGCUUCUCAGAUUCAAGGCUUUUUCAGCGUGCCAGUGGACAACUUGUAUGCCGAGCCGUCUUUCCUCCGCUACAUCAGGGAAAAUUUUAAGACAGAAGACUGCGUCAUUGUCUCCCCUGAUGCCGGCGGCGCAAAGCGUGCGACAUCAAUUGCCGACCACCUGAACACUGCGUUCGCCCUGAUCCACAAGGAGCGCCCCCGGCCUAACGUUGUUGGCCGCAUGGUUCUUGUUGGUAAUGUUGAGGACAAGAUUGCCAUUCUCGUUGACGACAUGGCGGAUACCUGUGGCACCUUGGUGAAAGCAGCCGCCGUGCUCAAGGAGAACGGCGCCAAGUCGGUCCUCGCCCUGGUCACACAUGGCAUUCUGUCCGGCAACGCCAUUGAGACACUGAAUAGCAGUGUUCUUUCGGCCCUCGUUGUCACAAAUACGGUCCCUCUUGGAGAUAAGGUCGAGCGGUGUCCCAAGCUGCGUGUUAUUGACAUCAGCCCCACCAUCGCAGAGGCCAUCCGCCGUACCCACAACGGCGAGUCGGUUUCAUACCUGUUCACCCACGCCCCGGUAUGA